AGCGGCUUGGCUCUGCCCCUGGCAUUGCUGAAGUCCAUGGGCGACGGUAACCACUCACCAUCAGGUGGGCCGUAUGCUCGUCUGCCUACAAGGGCAAUAAAAAAAAACCUUGAGACAUAAGUUCUAAGGUCUCAGUAUAGUUAUAACGGCUACCCCACCCUUCAAACCGAAACGCAUUACUGCUUCACGGCAGAAAUAGGCAGGGUGGUGGUACCUACCUGUGCGGACUCACAAGAGGUCCUACCACCAGUAACAAAUAAAAAUCAUUUGUCUCUUUCGGAUGUCGCUUACCAAAUGUAAUUUCUAUUUCAUAACCUCUGAAAUCGCAACGAUGCCAAGGAUUCCUAUACCCAUAAGUUCUGUAAAAGAACUAACCAAAGUUAAUAUUUUUCUAAAUUUUUAAAUUUAACCUGUAAAACAAAUGCGUUAUGUUACAAUUGAUAUAUCUUUGUGUUUUAAAUAACACAAGGCCUCAUUUUCCAGAACAAAUUAACGUAUCGGCUUUUGAAUAAAAUAUGAGUUUCCGUUGAGAUGUAUUGUUUUGUGUUCUAAAGUCAUAAAUAUUUUGAUACAGCCGUGUAUUUACGAGGAAAAUUAUCAGUCAUUCUGCCGCCAUCUUCUUUGGUUCGCGCGAAGUGUGGAGCGAUAGUUUUAAAGAAAGAAAAGAGUAAAUGUCAAAGAUUGAUGUCGUGUGUUUGCAUAGCCGAUAAUAUUGUUGUUUUUUUUUUUGUAUUUCAAAUAACCAAUAAAUGUGUGAGUAUCAUUAACGUUCAUAAAAGAUUUGGUUCAUAAAAGAAGUUGUUUAUUAUCUAAACCAGUGGUCGGUAAGCCGCGGUUUUUCGACUCAUCGGACUCUUCAUUGCUUAGGUGGGUGGACUAGUUCACGGCCUACCUGAUGUUAAGUGGUUAUCGGAGCCCAAAGAUAUCUACAACGUAAAUGCCGACCACCUUGAGACAUGAGUUGUAAGGUCUCAGUAUAGUUACAACGGCUGCCCCACCCUUUAAACCGAAAAGCAUUACUGCUUCACGACAGAAAUAGGCGGGGUGGUGGUAUCUACUCGUGCGGACUCACAAGACGUCCUACCACAAGUAAUUACGCAAAUUAUAAUUUUGCGGGUUUGAUUUUUAUUACACGAUGUUAUUCCUUCACCGUGGAAGUCAAUCGUGAACAUUUGUUGAGUACUUAUUUCAUUAGAAAAAUUGGUACCCGCCUGCGGGAUUCGAACACCGGUGCACCGCUACAUACUAAUGCACCGGACGUCUUAUCGAAAAUCGUUAGGUUUGACUUCGCGGAUUCUACAAAUCCAUUAUCAGGAAAUUCGAUUCUAAUCGUCCAUUCGAUUUCAUUCAUACAGACAUGACUUCGGCAGUUUCGCAAAAGAUUUGGCUGUUUGACCCAAUACACUGAUUGUGUUGACUUGAUAACUCGUUACAAAUCAGUGAACACCGGUUGCACGCACGAAAAACUGUCACGUUCCGCCCGAGCAUGAGUGUGCGAGCAAGAACGCACAGCAAGCGAUAGAGAGGCACGAUGGGCCCGAGCGUUAAUUUACCAAAAAAAAAGUUCAAUUAACUUGUUUGUAUUGUACAAAUCAAUGAUAAUUCAGUGAUAAUAAUUCAAUUCAAUUUAUAAAACCAACGGUAUGAAGGAUUAUUAUCACAGAGUCGUAUCUAAUGAGGGAGAUGAUGAUGAUGAUGAUGAGGGAAACAAGUACAGACCGCUGUUGAGGCAGAUCCUCAUAACGAGCCCCGCCUGGAUGUUGCUGUUCGCUACAGGCUUUUCAUUCGGCGCUCCGACCGUGUUCAUACCUCAAAUUCGGAAGGAAAAGAAUUCGACCGAAGCGAUCAGUGACGAAAUGGCUUCGUGGCUAUCUUCCGUGUUCGGAUAUAGCUCUCUGCCGUGGAUCAUCGUUAUCUGCUACGCCAUUACGCGCUUAGGAAGAAAGAUUCCUUUCAUGUUCGUCUCCAUAAACACGUUCGUCUUCAACGUCAUCUUAUAUUUCAGCACUAGCAACACCCAAAUGUUAAUUAGCGAGAUACUACAGGGCAUGAAUCACGGCGCCAACUUAACUUUGACUAUAAUAAUACUGUCCGAAUACACUUCGCCGAAAUACAGAGGUGUCUUCUUAACAAUAAAAUCCGCCACCUUCUAUUGGGGUGUGUGGUGCGCGAACGCAAUUGGAACAUUCCUCCAUUGGAAAUAUAUUCCGUUGACAGCCAUCGUGUUGAUAUUAUACAAUUUCGUCUCGUUUUUGUGGCCGGAGUCGCCUCACUGGUUGGCCAGCGAAGGUAGGUUCGAGGAAUGCGCCCGAUCAUACUUCUGGUUGAUGGGUAAAAACGAGUCAACGAUACAAGAAUUGGAGAGACUCGUUAAUUCGCAAAAAGAAUGCAUUAAAAAUCGUAGGACGUUCGAUAGGCACAGAAUAUUCGAGAUCUUGACCGCGAAGCUGUUUUACAAACCGACAUUAGUGUGUAUAGUUAUGAUGCUGCAAUAUAAUUUCACCGGUAAAAUCGUGUGUGCAAUGUACGCCAUUGAUAUCAUAAAACGCAUAACUGGAAGCGAAUCGACCGCGUAUUACGUGAUGCUGCUACUAGAUGGGGUUACUGUAUUGGGCAUGUACUUCGGUUGUUUUUUAACGAGAGUGGUCAAGCGACGCUCUUUACUAAUGACCUCGGGCACGACAAGUGUAAUAUUUUUAUGCAUCCUAUCCUUGUAUUUGUAUUUAAUAAAUUUAGCGUUUAUAAACGAAUCUAGAUUUGUAACUAUAGGUUUGUUAGUCGGAUUCUCGUUGAGCGUUAGCAUUGGACCGGUGAUUUUGUUAAUAUCAACGCACGCUGAGCUGACGCCAUUAAAAUACAAAAGUCAUUGUAUGGCCGUUGCCGCGAUUUCAUACAAUAUCGUCUCCGGUACAUUAUUGAAAAUGUCGCCGUAUAUCUUUUUGGCUUUCGGGAUGCACGGUACGUUUUUAUUUUACGGUCUCACUUCGGGAUCCUGUCUAUUGAUACUUUACUUCUGUUUACCGGAAACAAAAGACAAAACCCUGCAGGAAAUCGAAGAUUAUUUCGAAGGUGAAGAAAAAAAAACGUGUAAUUCAAGUUUAAUUUAAUCAUUACGUAAUAAAUUAAUAAAAACGUGCGAAAAUUA